CUAGAACCUUCCAUUGCCAUCCAGAGCUUGAAUACCAAAAAAUCUGAGCCCCCAUUUUUAAAAGCACAUCCAAACCCAACUCUCAGUCGGUGAAAAAAUCACCAAAAAAAGCACAAAACUUUGAGCUUUUACUACAAAAAAACCAUGGCAAAGCGUCUGAUCCCAAGCCUUAACCGUGUCCUGAUUGAGAAAAUCUUGCCCCCCACCAAAACUAACACUGGUAUUCUUCUCCCAGAGAAAGUGGCUAAGUUGAACUCAGGGAAAGUGGUUGCAGUGGGACCUGGAGCACGUGAUAGAGCUGGAAAUUUGAUACCUGUGAGUGUGAAGGAGGGUGACAAUGUUCUUUUGCCUGAGUUUGGGGGUACCCAAGUCAAGCUUGGUGAAAAAGAGUUCAUUUUGUACAGGGAUGAGGAUAUCUUGGGCACUCUUCAUGACUGAUUGGUUUUUGGCAUUCAAUGGGAUUUUAUUUUGGGCUUAGAAGGAAUUGUGGUUUUAUUGGAUGUAACUGAUUAUUGAUUAGAGAUUGGAGAUUCGGGUUGUCCUAUUGGUGUUAGUUUGAUUUGGAAUGUGCUAAUGGAAAUGGUUUUUUUCUUUUUA